AUCAAGUUCAGGCUGAGAAGCUUGUCACUCACCUUUCAAGUGAAGUAAGUUAAGCACAUCAAAGAACAUUUUCUUUUCUGCUUUUCAGUGUUUACCUUUCAGAUGCAGUGUUUAACCUGCUCCAGAAAAGGCAGAAAGGGCUUUAUAAAGAAGAACCUACUGUUGAUUCUCUACAUACUGCCCAAGAACACUCUGGCUGUAUCUAUGGAGAACAGUUUUGGGAAAUAUGAAUGGAUGGAGACAAGCACCUCUCAAGCCAACUGUUCUCAAGCCAACCCUAGCCAACAAUACCAGCCUAUUCUACCAUCUGUGGAGCUUUUCCAGAUAAUUAUAUACAUUCCCACAUUUAUCCUUGGAGUACUGUUCAAUGGAAUGGCUAUAUGGUUUGCUUUCCACAAGAUCAGGCGAUUAACAGAGUCUGUGAUCUACAUGGUGACACUUAUGAUUUUAGAUAUCUUUGUACUCUUUGCCCUACCCUUUAAGAUAAUUUCCUAUGAUAAAAGAAAGUGGGAUCUUGGACAUGUCUUUUGUUCAUUCCUAGAAAGCCUAUACUUUGUGAACAUGUAUGGGAGUAUCUUCAUCUCCCUGGGUAUAUGUGUGGAUAGAUAUCUUGCUAUUCUGCACCCCUUUGUAGCUGUGAGCUUGAGGUCUCCCAGAAAAGCUGCUAUAACUUGUGUGAUCAUUUCAGCAGGAGUCUGGGCAGGAACAGCAUGUACCUACCAGCUGCAUAAAGAUGAUAGUCCCAAAUUCUGCUUCCAUGGCUUUUCUGAAGAUAUUUGGAAAAACAUAAUUUUGCUCGUAACCUUGGAGACAGUCUUUCUUGCCAGCACAAUAGCUAUGAUCCUCUGUACAGUUCAGAUCAUUUUGUGUCUGCAAAAGAGCCGAAAGCCAGACAGUCCUCCCACAAUCAAAAGCAAGUCAGUCAAAAUACUUGUAGUAAACCUAACUACAUUCCUGGUCUGCUUUGCUCCUUUCCACGUGGCCUUGGUAUUGUAUUACCUUGUGAAAAAUUGUAUUCUAAGUGAUGGUCAGGAAGCCAUUCGUACAUUUCUUCAGAUCACCCUAUGCUGGGCUAACCUCAACUGCUUUCUAGAUGGAAUCUGCUUUUAUUUUGUUUUUAAGGAGUCUCUAAAACCGGUUUCGAAUGAGAGUAAUGCAAUUAAUGUUGAUUAAGUCAUUCUGUCAGUUCAGCCAUUAUGUUGUUCAGCCUCUGAUAGAAGAGGAACACAAAGAAGCCACUAUUCAAGCAAAAAGUUCUCCUUUUUUAAUGCAGUGUGUAUGUAUGUCUGUGUGUGCACACC